GUGUGUUCUGUAGAAAAUUGUCAUUGAAUACGGGGAGGUGGCUGGACUGGUAAUCCUUCUGUUAGAAGGGCAAGCAGACUGAAGACGCAAAUUUAUUGUUUAACCAGCGACAAAAAUUGUACUGUCCUACAAGAGAGACUGUCCCCCAUGCCUUUCAGACUUUCAGUCAGCACUCAGCAGAAUCUUAUGGAAGCCAUUGGGAUUCUCAAGAAGACUUCUGCAAGUAGAAUGGUGUCGCCCCAGUGAAUCUGUAUCUUUGUCCGCAAUCACAAGGACACUGGUACCAAGGCUUAGGACAGCACCUAGUGUUUUUUGGUUGGGUCAGAGACAAAGAUUCUCAACCAUGCCAGAAACAGAAGCAAGUAUGAGAGAUCCUGAGUUAUUUUCACCACCCUCUGGUGUUCGAGGAAUGACAGAACUGGAUAGGACAGCUUUUAAAAAGACAGUGUCCGUCCCAGUGCUCAAAGUGAGGAAAGAGGUCGUCAACAGAUUGAUGCGUGCCCUCAAGAGAGUAGCCCUGCAGCGCCCGGGCAUAAAGCGUGUCGUUGAAGAUCCCGAAGAUGAGGACAGUAGAUUCAUUAUGUUGGAUCCCUUCAAAAUGCUUUCUGUUGAGUCCUUUGAGAAAGCAGAACUCGGUGCUUUAGAAGAACUCGAUGUCAGUCCACAGUUAUCCGAAUACAAUUUGGAACUAACUUAUGAAAACUUUAAGUCAGAAGAAAUUUUGAGAGCCGUGCUUCCGGAAGGUCAAGACGUGACCUCAGGUUUCAGCAGGGUUGGGCACAUUGCACACCUGAAUCUCCGAGACCAUCAGCUGCCGUUCAAGCAUUUAAUUGGCCAAGUUAUGAUUGACAAAAACCCAGGACUCACCUCGGCAGUAAAUAAAACCAGCAAUAUUGAUAAUACAUACCGAAAUUUCCAAAUGGAGGUGCUGUCUGGAGAGGAGAAAAUGCUAACCAAGGUUCGAGAAAAUAAUUACACAUAUGAGUUUGAUUUCUCCAAAGUCUAUUGGAAUCCUCGUCUCUCUACAGAACACGGCCGGAUCACUGAACUUCUCCGCCCUGGAGACGUCUUGUUUGAUGUUUUUGCUGGGGUUGGGCCUUUUGCCAUACCAGCAGCAAGGAAAAACUGCACAGUAUUUGCCAAUGAUCUCAAUCCGGAGUCCCAUAAAUGGCUGUUGCACAAUUGUAAACUGAAUAAAGUUGACCAGAAAGUGAAAGUCUUCAACAUGGAUGGAAAAGACUUCCUCCAAGGACCGGUCAGAGAAGAGUUAAUGCGCCGGCUAGGACUGCCAACUGAAGCCAAACCCUCUGUCCACAUUGUCAUGAACUUGCCAGCAAAGGCCAUAGAGUUUCUUGGUGUUUUCAGGUCACUCCUAGACGGGCAGCCGAGCAGCAGUGAGCGGCUUCCCACAGUGCACUGUUACUGUUUCUCCAAAGACGCCAAUCCUGCUCAGGAUGUCUGUCAGCGAGCUGGAGAUGUGUUAGGAGUUCCCUUGGAGGCAAGUAGUUCAGUUCACCUCGUGAGAAACGUGGCCCCUAACAAGGAAAUGCUGUGCAUCACCUUCCAGAUUCCUGCUGCUACACUCUACAAGACCCAGGCCCUCAGUGUAGAGAAUCCCGAAGAGCCAUCUCUUAAACGGCAGAGGACAGAUGAUUCCUUCUCAGAACCACAAAUCACGUCAGAUUCUUAGUUGGAAAUGCUUUCUCCAUCUCCCCAGUAAAUUUUUUGUAAAGAAGAACAAUUUGUAUGAUUUUAUAAACUUUAACUAUCAGGUAUUUGUAAUUGAACCCGUAUGUUUUGCUCUUAUAAAUGAAACAUUACCAAAGUAAAAUUUAACUGAAAUAAGC